UGAGUAAAAGCGUGGUUACGAAGCUAUUUCAACAUGGCGGAUUUUUAGUGAAACUUGGAGAUUUGCAAACUCUUACAAAUUUAGUCUGUUUAAAAUGGCAGAAUUCCCUGACUUUGGAAAGCAGUGUGAUGUUGAGAUUUGUAAGCAACUUGAUUUUCUUCCAUUUAUUUGUAAUGGAUGCUCUGGUACCUUUUGUUUAGAACAUCGCUCAAAGUCAUCACACAACUGCACUGUUGAUGAUCAAAAAUUUAAGGGAGAUCCAUCAAAGACUUCAGUUUCAAAUGGUUUCUUAGAGUGUUCACUGAAUGAGUGCAACAGUAGAGAGUUGGUUCCAGUGUUAUGUGAACAUUGUCACAAAAACUACUGCCUCAGGCAUAGGCAUCAGGUUGAUCACCAGUGCCCAGGUCUCCCUCAGAAACAACCCAGAGUGACUCCUGAACAAAGAAUACAACAAAUCAUUGGAAAAGAUCUUUGCAAAGAAAAGAAAGGUCGUGGGGGUGUGAGAAAUGAAAGCCGCGCAGCUAAAGUUGCUCUGAUGAAGAUGAAGAUGAAAGCUACUGGAGAUGGUUCAAUUCCUCAGGUUUGUCAGGAGGAACGAAUCUAUCUCAGAGUUCUCAUGCCUCUUGGUAAUAAAGAACGAGAAUAUCCAAUGUACUUCUCCAAGUACUGGACGGUGGGAAAAGUCAUCGACAAAAUUGCGGUCACUGCAAGACUGAAAAAUGAUAAUAACAAGGCAGUAGCAAAGAAGCUACGACUGUUUCACGGAAGUUCUGGAGACGUUCUAGACUUACAAAAUCCUUUGGAACAUUUUCAGACGCAAGAUGAUUGCCCAGUGUUGAGUGGAAGCACAGUUGUUUUAGAAUGUGUGGAUGAACAAUGCGCUCAACUUCUUACAAAUCGAGACAAAUAUCCCACGUGAACGUAAUAAACUUGUAAAACUUUCAAUCUGUGUGUUCAUAUGCAUCAUAUGUUCAAUCUGUGUGUCCUUCUGGACUUCUCUGUUGAGAUCGGUGAAACAUUGGUUCUACUUUAAGAAAGAAAAAUACGUUCUGAUGGGAAAAAAAGUCACAGUGAUUUACUAGUAUGGGUUGUAGGGAAUCACGAAACUAUUUGACACAAGAUGCAUCCGACAUAUGUCAUUAGUGUUGUAAUCAUCGAUUUAUUGCGUUCACGACUGAGCUAGGUACAUGCUGCAAUAACUACAUUUAGAAAGCAUAUUUAGAGCUAAUUUCCAGCGAUGCUGCAAAAAAAUUGAUUCAAUAUUACCUCUGUGUGGCCAUUAAUAGGGCUGAGUGUUUCAUUGUUAUCCUACCCUGAAUACAAUCAUGACUGUUAUCGUCGUCAUUAGUGUUGCUGUGAUUGUUGUUGUUGUCAUUAGUAUUGAUAUCAUUACCGUGAUUACUUUAUCAUUAUCAAUAAGAGGAUACUAUUUUGGCUGAACUAAAAUUGUAUUUAAUAUUUUCAGAACUCUCUUAGCUCAAUAACCGACGAGUUUUCCUCAGGGUGAAGGACAAAUUUCUUUUAAAACCACCGAAGCUGCUUUAAGGGAAUUUUCUUUGAACCGUUUGAGGAGUCGGGAUU